UAAAUUAAACAUCAUUCUCUCCUUUUCAUUCUGUAUAGAGAAUGACAAGGAUACACUGAUAUAAUUUAGAGUUUAUUUCAUUUCUACGCUUUUCUUUCAAUCGUAAGUAUGUCUGGUGGCCACAAACAUCGAUAUAAAAAUGUCGGUCUGAGUGCAGACGAGCUCCGACGUCGUCGAGAAGAGGAGGGUGUACAACUUCGCAAACAAAAACGGGAGCAACAAUUGUUUAAAAGGAGAAACGUAAAUCUUCCUGCUCCAAAUGCACCAGAUAUUGCAUUGCAGGAUGAUAUUAACAUAUCAUCAUCUGAUGAUAUUACUCCAGCUAUGGUGGCUGCACUCUAUGGAGAUAAUCCUCAAGAACAAGUGAUGGCUACACAAAAGUUCCGUAAGCUUCUCAGUAAAGAGCCUAAUCCUCCCAUAGACGAAGUGAUACGGACUGGAAUAGUGCCUAAAUUUGUUGAAUUCCUCACUAACAGUUCAAAUCCUACUUUACAGUUCGAAGCAGCAUGGGCGUUGACGAACAUAGCGUCAGGUUCUUCAGAGCAGACGCAAGUGGUGGUCGAAUGUGGGGCUGUGGGAGUUCUAGUUGGUUUAGUGGCGAGCGGCGCGGGUGACGAUGUUCGCGAACAAGCGGUGUGGGCGCUCGGCAACGUUGCGGGCGAUUCGCCGCGCUGUAGAGACAUUGUGUUAGCUGCGGGGGUGCUGCCUCCGCUAAUAGAGAUCUUAAAUAAAUAUACAAGGUUAUCCAUGACAAGAAAUGCUGUGUGGACAUUGUCGAACUUAUGUAGGGGAAAGAAUCCACCAACAAACUUUGAAUCUGUUACACCAGGUAUUCCAGUUCUAGCAAGGCUAUUGCAUCAUACCGAUGCGGAUGUGUUGAGCGAUGCGUGCUGGGCGCUCUCCUAUCUAUCCGACGGGCCGAACGAGAAGAUACAAGCUGUCAUCGACGCUGGUGUGUGUAGAAGGCUCGUGGAAUUACUUAUGCACGGCAAGUCCACAGUAGUGUCAGCCGCGUUGCGCGCCGUCGGUAACAUAGUGACCGGAAACGAUGCGCAGACGCAGGCGGUGUUAAACUGCCAUCCUUUGUCCAACUUGCAUGCGCUAUUACGUUCCAAUACGGAAGCGUUGAGGAAAGAAGCGUGCUGGACUCUGUCCAAUAUUACGGCCGGCAACGCUAACCAGAUUCAGACAGUCAUUGACGCCAACAUAUUUCCUACGUUAAUUGAAAUUUUGAAACAAGCCGAAUUUAAAACUAGGAAAGAGGCCGCAUGGGCCAUAACUAAUGCCACCAGUGGAGGUACUCAUGUCCAAAUUAGGUAUCUGGUUGAACAAGGUUGUAUACCACCGCUAUGUGACUUAUUAACGUUAACUGAUGUUAAAACUAUUCAAGUUGCCUUGAACGGAUUAGAUAAUAUAUUAAAAGCUGGACAACAAUCUGACCAACGUGACAAUCCGUAUGCAGCAUUGCUCGAGGAAUGUUUUGGCCUCGACAAGAUUGAGUUUCUACAAUCGCAUCAAAACCUCGACAUAUACCAGAAAUCGUUCGAAAUCAUCGAGAACUUCUUCGGCUCUGAAGAAGAGGACAGCAGACUCGCACCAGCCGUUUCUUCAACCACGGACCAUUACCAAUUCAGUGCUGACCAAUCUGUACCCAUGGGCGGAUUCCAGUUCUAA